CCCGAUUUUAGGCCGAUUAGGAAGAACACCUGGAUGCAUCUGAAAGAGGAAAUGGAGCCAGUGACAUUUGAGGAUGUGGCUGUGAACUUCAGCCCAGGAGAGUGGGCUUUCUUGGAUUCAAGUCAAAAGAAGCUCUAUAGAGAUGUGAUGACAGAAACCUUUAUGAACCUGAUCUCCAUAGGGAAAACAGAAGAAAACAUUAAAGAAGAGCGUGCAAAUGACAGCAGUCACAGAACACAGAUGGUUGAGAAAGACUGUAAAUAUGGAGAUGUUUGUCAGUGUGGAGAGACCCACCACCAGAUUCCAGAAUAUGUUGUUAAUGAGGACAUGCCUUCUGCAACAGCAGUAUAUGAGAGCAAUGUGUGUGCAAGAGACACCAUUGGUUCUUUACACUCAGAUGUGUAUCUCACAGGUGAAACUGAAAAGAAAUCAUUUAAGAAUAAGGGACAUAUGGAGGUAGAUUUUCAACAUGAGAAACGUUAUACAGAUUUCACUUCUGAGUACUUUCAGGUACUCAAAAAUCCUAGGCAAAUAGUUUAUAAAAAGAAACAAUCUAAUGAAGCCUAUAGGACUCAUACUUCUGAUCAAAAUUAUGAGCGAAUUUACAGUGAUGGUACAUGUCAUGAAUAUAAUCAGUUUGAAAAAGCUGUUGGGAAAUACACUUACUUUCAAAUGUAUGAAAGAAUCCACACUGGUGGGAAAACAUUUAUGUGUAAGCAAUGUGGAGAAGCCUUUAUUAAUUUCAGUCAAUUUGUCUACCAUGAAAAAAAUCAUACUGGAAAAGAAUGUUAUGUGUGUAAUCAGUGUGGAAAAGCAUUUAGACAUUAUUCAUACCUUCAGAAACAUGAAAAAAUCCACAGUGGAGAUGCACCCUAUGUAUGUAAACAAUGUGGCAAAGCCUUCAUUCGUUCAUCACACCUUCUUGUACAUGAAAGAAUUCACACUGGUGAGAAACCUUAUGCUUGUAAGCAUUGUGGGAAAGCCUUCAGCCAUCACAGUGCCUGUUAUAGACAUGAAAUAAUCCACACAGAAGAGAAACCUUAUGUUUGCAAGCAAUGUGGAAAAGCAUUUACUUGUUCUACAUCCCUUCGCAACCAUGAAAGAAUUCACACUGGAGAAAAGCCCUAUGCAUGUAAGCAGUGUGGCAAAUCCUUCAUUCAGCGUGAUGCUUGUUACAAUCAUGAAAGAACUCACACUGGAGAAAAGCCCUAUGUAUGUAAGCAGUGUGGGAAGGCAUUUACAUGGUCCACAUGCCUUCGCAAUCAUGAAAGAACUCAUACUGGAGAGAAACCUUAUGCCUGUAAGCAUUGUGGAAAAGCCUUCACCCAUUCCAGUACCCGUUAUAGUCAUGAAAGAAUUCAUACUGGGGAAAAACCAUAUGUAUGUAAAAAGUGUGGGAAGGCAUUCAUUCAUUCCAGUCAUCUUAUCAGUCAUGAAAAGAUCCACACAGGGGAGAAACCUUAUCCAUGUAAGCAUUGUGGAAAAGCUUUCAUUCAGCGUAAGGCUUGUUACAAUCAUGAGCGAACUCAUACUGGAGAAAAGCCUUAUGUAUGUAAACACUGUGGAAAAGCAUUUAGGUGUUCCACAUACCUUCGCAACCAUGAAAGAACUCACACUGGAGAGAAACCUUAUAUAUGCAAACAUUGUGGGAAAGCUUUCACACAUCAGAGUGCCCGUUACCGUCAUGAACGAAUUCACACUGGAGAGAAACCCUAUGUAUGUAAAAAAUGUGGAAAAGCCUUCAGUGAUUGCAGCUAUCUUGUGAAGCAUGAAAGAAUUCAUGGCGAGAAACCUUACACAUGUAAAAAUAAGAAAGCUUUUAUGUGUUCCAUACCCCUGCAUAUACAUGAAAGAGCCAACAGAAAAGAAAUUAAGUGUUUACAGCAGUGAUUCUGAUGGCCUUGUCUGUGGACAAAUUACUUCUAUUGUGAGGUAUGAAAGAAGAAUGUGGACAACUCACUAAAAGGCUCAGUGGGUAAAGGCACUUAUUUCUAAGUCUGAUAAUCUGAGUUCCAUCCCAGGGUCCCAUAUGUGGAAAUAGAGAAUCAUCCCCAAAAUUUACCUCUGAGUUCCAUGUGUACACAUGGGCUCACACACAAGCUUAAUAUUUAUUUUUUUAAAGGGGAGAUUAACAAAGCUGCAUAAAUGUAGUUGUAUCCUCAAUAUGCAAAUAUAUAUGUAUAUAUAUAUACAUUGUACAUAUAGACAUAUAUGUAUAUUUAUGAUACAUGGUAAAAAUCCUAUUGCACUGUACAUGAUAGGGCAUGCUUUUAUUUCAGCUCUGGGUAAAGAAGCAAUGGUAGAGACUAGAGAAUAAUAAUGGGUAUAGUGGGUUUGAACACCACAUGGGAAGCUUAAGAAGAACCAGUUAUAGCUGAGUAGAAUUUUCUUUACAAAAAGAAAAGAUGGUUUAGCCAUUUAAAGUACAUACUGCUCUGCAAAGGACUUGAUUUUGUUUCCCAGUGGCCACAUGGUGUGGCUCACAACCACCUGUAAUUCCAAAUUCAAGAACCAUGAUACCCUCUUCUUGCCUCUGUAGGUAUAGAGCACAUGUGAUACACACACACACAUAUAUAUAAAUAAAAAAUACAUUUAAAUAAUUAAGUGCAUAAAGCAAAUAGAAAGGUGUGUGUUCAAAUAAGAAAAUGUAUGAAAUAUUAUGUAGUUUAAUCUUUUAAAGGUAAUGUGGAGAGUGAGCAAAUUUAUUUGCACAGAAUAUUUCUAAAAAUAAGCUGGAGUACAGCUGGGGCAUUUUAAAUCAUUGUUCAAUUCUUAUAUGAGACCUUUAAUUUGCAUAUCGUUUUUUAUAGUUUUGAAAUAAGAUUUGGUGAAUAACAUAAUUUUGCCUGCCUGUAUUCCCUGUGCUUGGAAUGCUGAAGCCACCAAGACAAUGUCUCUGACAAUAGCAACCAUAUAAAAAACAUUUGGGUUGAGGUAAUGUAAGCUUGGUUAACUUCAGUUCAAUGGGUAUAGUUUAAAUGAAGGGAGGUAAUACUUUUUCAGCUUUACUGUAGAGAUAUUGGAUUCAUUAAACUGAGAUGUAUUUGUAAUAAAACAGACUUAAUUUUAA